CAGAAUCUAUCCAUUAUCAUCAAGCACGAUUCCAUUACAUUUACUUUGCCGAGAUUCGUGGGUGGCUGUGUAUUUGUGGUUUCUCAAUUUGAGUAGUGAAAAACAUCAAUUAAUGGCGAAUGAAAGCACAUCUGGUAGGGUUACUAGAGCUUCUGCUGAGAAAAUUGUUGCUGAAAGGAGAUCUAAGAAAAUCCAUGAUCCUUCCAGAAUCAGAAUUCCUUCAACUGUUAAUUUGAAAAAAAAAAUGAUUUUGAUACUGCCACAAAGAAGAGAAAAACACCCGAUGUUGCUUAUAGUAGAAAAGGGAAGAAUGUUGUAGAGACAGAUGCUGGAGAACAACAAUUAACUAUGAACAAACAGGCCUCCAAAUUCAUGGUUAAACGUCCCCCCACUCAACCGAUACGUUAUGCUUCAUAUAUGAACCAUAACAUUAAAGAUGAGUUGAAGGAAAAACUGACAGAUAGAAAAUUCAAGCUAUUUUCCAAAACUGUUUUUGGAAAAUAUAUGGAGAUGCAAGUUGACACCGACGUGCAGGGUCAGUUAUUUAGGUGUUUUAUGCUUAGGGAGUUGAAGCGUAGUAAUAGCGAUGUGUUUGUUAUCGAUAUUAACGGGACGGAAUUGACAUUCGGUCUUUUUGAAUUUGCUUUAAUUACUGGUUUAAAGUGUUACGGGGAUGAAGCUGUUUUUGACGAGGGUUCUAACAGAUUGUUGGAUCAAUAUUUCGGUGGUUCUGGUAAUAGUGUUUUAAAGAUGACUUUAAAUAAGUGCUUUGAAGACAAAGAUUGGGGUGUUGGUGAUAACGCAGAUGAAGAUGCUGUAAAGAUUGCUAUCCUGUAUUUCAUUCAUAAUUACAUACUUUCAAGUGAAAAGAGGAACGUUGUUGUCCCAAGACAUCAUUUUGACUUGGUGGAGAGUGAACAGUACAAUGAACAUACUUGGGGUAAGGAAGCAUUUGAUGAUUUGAUUAAGAGUAUUCACCACAAGAUGGACAAGCCAAAGCAGUUUUAUUGUCUACGGGGGUUCCCUUUUGCUAUGCAAGUGUGGAUAUAUGAGUGUUGCUCUAAUGUUGACCCUAAUUUAAUGGUUAAAACCGGAAGCCGAAUCCCAAGAAUGUUUAAUUGGAAAAUAGUGAACCCAAAGCCAUCUGUUAACUACUUGAUGUUUGGGCAUGUUUAGGGACGGUGAGGACACCAGUUGUAAAUUCAACAACAUUGUUCCGACCAUAUCAGAGGUUGAGAAGCUUGGUCUGCGUGCAUAUCUGGUCAACAGACGUGCACCACCACCCCAAUCACACCAAGAGGAGGAAAAUGAAUAUGCUGAUUUUACCACUACACCUCCCCAUGUUGCCGCUGCCAAGAAAACUCAAAAGAACGAUGCUUCAAAAUCUCCACCGCACAAGAAGCCCAGGAAGAUGUCAACGGCAGCAUUGCAUGUUCAGAAGUCACCAACCACUAUCCCAAAAAAACCUACAGUUGGACAAUCAUCUAAAAAAUCUGCUUCGGUGGUAGAUAAGCCAGUUCAAUCAAAGGAAAAAGAAAAAGCUACUCCAAGUGUCCACCGCGUUCCUGUUGAUGAUGUAUCCACCAGCAAAUCAGUUGACCUCACAAGUUUGAGGCAGGAACUUGAUCAAUUUAAGCAGGAAGUGCUUGGUGAAUUCAAGGUUAUUUUUACUGAGCUCAAGGAUCUUCGCAAAACUAUUGAUAAAAAUUUCAAAAAGGUUUUGAAACAUGUCAAAGGGAAACAAAACUCAGAAAAGGAUGAUGACAGUGAAACUCAUGUUCCUUUAAAUAAUGGCAACAUACAUCAAUAAGUUGAUGAUUACAUGGACCAUGAUGACGAUAUUCACAUGGAGACUGAUACAGGUGAUGUGCAUCCAACAGAGG